AUGACAGUGGACAUUAAAAACACUCUAAAAAGAGGACAGAGUUUGGGAAACCAUGCUUUAGCAGAAGAGUCAAGCAGCCUUCAUGGAUUCACUGAAUCUAGUCCUUCAGUGGGCCUCAGAGAUAUUCUUGUGUGGGUGCCAGGUCCAACUAAGCUCAAAUUUAGAGGUGGUCUAAAACAAGGCCAAGGUAUAACAAGUGAAUUACAAAAGCAUGUUCUGUAUAUUGCUAUUGGUGAUGAUCAGAAAUAUACCUCCUCUAUAGGACCUACACCAUCUUCGUUGUCCUAUGAGGAAAUUGUGCGAACUAUUAGGAAAAAUGUUAAGCCCCUCCUACAAAAUCAAGCGGACAAAUUUAUGGGAGCUUUUGCUGAUCUCAACUCACGUUUGUCCUCGGUCUCACGCCAAGUCUCUGAAAAUGAAAAUAAAAUUGGCUCUAAUUUUCACGAAAUCUCCAACUUAAAGCAACAAGUGGCCAACCUCUCAUCUACUCAAGCAGCCUUAGUAACUAAAGAUGAUGACCUUGAAAACGGGUCCAGUGUCAUUAUUGGCUUGGAAGUGCAUUUUAGCAACAAAGGCAGGCUAACAACUGAGUUAUGCAUUGGGAGUAAUUAUUCCUCCCACACCAGGCUUUCCAUAAAAUGUACAUGUGAGGAUACAAAGUGCAGUGAUUUCUUUUACCUUUCCAGCACAAUGGACCAACUUGAGAAGACCCCUGCAUCUGGGAAUAGUGAAUUUUGGUUUAAAAUCCGUUCCUUUGCUAAAAAGCAUUGUGCUCCAUCUGUAGAAGAACGGAAGAAGUAUAACCAAGAGUUUGUAGUUUCCACCUCAUUCCAUGGAUUACAUAACCUCAUAGACCGCAGAAACACCGGGAUACGAGGACAGAUCCGUAGAGUUUUGUGGAUGACUGUUGUAUUGGUGUCUGUCAUUGCAGCCUCUUCGCAGGUUUUCACCCGUUGUGCUAAUUAUUUCAACUGGCCGACCACUACUUCAGUCACUAUCCAAUAUGUUGAUAACAUUGAAUUCCCUUCUGUGACAUUCUGUAACUUAAACAGGUUCCAGACAAGGGCAGUGAACAAUCUGAGUGUUGCAUUCUUUAUGUGGAACAUUGUAUCUACAGUUCUCCAUUUCUCCAACAUGGAGAAAGACAUACAACAGGAAGUGUUAGAUUUCCUGCAGCUCCACCACAAUUUCAGCAUUAAAGACUUCACCAGAAACUAUGGAUUUUAUCUCAAUAACCGGACGCUAUUAAAGUGUGAUUUCUACGGUUACACAUGUUACCCAGAAGACUUUGUGCAUGUUUUCACGGAAUAUGGGAACUGUUAUACUUUUAAUCAUAACAAUUCCUUGUUAAAUAAAAGGAUCAGCAGUUCUGGAAGAGGACUAAGUGUAAUGUUUGAUAUAAAACAGGAUGAAUUCACGGAUGAACCAAUGCUGGGGUUUGUGGAUGCUGGAAUAAUAUUUGUGAUACACUCACCAAAGGUUCCUCCCAGCUUUGAUGGCCUGGGGUUACGCAGUCCUGUGGGGAUGCAUGCUCAUGCUUCCAUCACACUAUUCAAGACAAUUAUCCAGGAACAUCCUUGGGGUGAUUGCAAUCCUGAUCUAAUGUUGGCAUACCAUGAUGUCUACAGCACGUAUGGAUGCUUACAAGAAUGCAAGUCAUCCUAUGUACAACAUAAAUGUGGGUGUUUACCAUUCCUCCUACCAGGUAUUGGGAAAGAAUGUGACAUUCAAGAGUUUUACAACUGUGUAUUACCUGCUCUCAAUCAAAUUGAUAAGAAUGAGCUGUGUAGUGCAGGAACCUACAAUUCUACUUGUCCUGUUCCUUGUGAGGAGACAGACUACCCUGCUACACUCUCAUAUUCUACGUUUCCAAGUGAGAAAGCUGCAGAUUAUCUCUCUAUCAAACUGGGUAAAAGUCCCACAUACGUGAGGGAUAAUUUGGUGUAUAUUGACAUUAAAUACCAUGAGCUGAAUUACAAAAUAAACAAGCAACAAAAGGCUUUGACAUCAGAUGAACUUCUCUCUAAUGUGGGUGGACAGCUAGGCUUGUUUUGUGGUGCAAGCAUGAUUACAGUAAUAGAAGUCCUGGAGUAUCUGCUAACAAAUUUCUUCUGGAUUUGUGCCUUCCUCAUUCUGAAAGUACCCAAUCUAUCUCAGUGGAGAUAUACACGGGAGCAACAGUGAUGCUAUGGGCUAAACUUCAGCGUAAAGAAGAACAAGGAGUCCUGGAAGUGAUGAUAUGGCCACCACAGGGCCCUGAUCUCAACAUCAUCGAGUCUGUCUGGGAUUACAUGAAGAGACAGAAGGAUUUGAGCAAGCCUACAUUAACUGAAGAUCUGUAGUUAGUUCUCCAACAUAUUUGGAACAACCUCCCUGCCGAGGUCCUUUAAAAACUGUGCAAGUGUACCUAGAAGAAUUUAUGCUGUUUUGAAGGCAAAGGGUGGUAACACCAAAUAUUGAUUUGAUUUAGAUUUCUCUACUGUUCCAUUAACUUUGCAUUUUGUUAAUUGAUAAAA